UAGCCAAACAAACGAGCGACAAUUGCACUGAAUGGUCUCCUCUCGUUUGUCAAAUUUCUUAUAUUUUAGAAUUGUGAAAAGAGGAGUGACAUGUGCCCGCCUUAGCUAGCAAGAUGUCCUGUACACUUGUUCUUCUACUUAUUAGCCUUAGUUAUUCAUUUCUGCUUUUAAUUAACAAAAGGUGCACAUUUUUGUGGUGUUACAUGGAGAUCUGGGUGUUUGGCUCCUUUCUGCUAAAUACAAAAUCUUAUCUUCAUCCCACUAUGGAGGUUGCCGUUCUCACCACGCAUCAAGAAGUGCACAAAAAAGUAAAGCCUCUCCAGCUGAGGACCAGAGCGCCCAAGGAGUCUUUUAAGAUCUUGGACCCCAGCAGCAAAAAGCUAAGCUCUCUGGAGGCCCAGCGCAUCAUCUCAGUCAUGGAAGAGUGCAUCAAGAAGACAGAGAUGGUCACACUGCUGCCUUACUGCUUCGAGAACUUGGAACGCUUCAGAGUCAUGCUGGGCACUGACCUAAUAAGCGCCCUGCAGGAACACAAACGUCUUGGGAACAACCUGAUGAUGCUCCUCGGAAAGCAACACGAGCUCCAAGUCCCAGACCCUCACGCGGCAAUGUUGCAGCAGGCAGUAAGAAGCUCACUGAAGAACGUCCUGAGGCUCUUCCGCUGCAAUCCUGUAGCCUACCAGACAUUGAGAGCUGAAGCAGCCACCAGGGGCAAGGCUGCCCAGGAGCUAGUGCGCCAUCUCUCUGCACUUCAGGGCUUUCUGCUUGAGAAGCUGCUUACGGGACCUGCUGAGGAAAAGACAAAAAAUGUGUAUCUUAAAGAAAUUUCACUCAGACAUGAAAAGAACACGGUGAAUGUCACUGGCAUGGAAGAUGAAUUGGCCCUCGCCAUUAAAGAGAGAGACGCUGAGGUCUCCAAAAGGAAUGAGGUCAUCCGGCAGUUGAAGACCUCUUUAUACCAAAUGGAGAAGGUCUCUGAGGACUUCCAGAGGAGGACACGGCAGGAUACUGACAAUCAAGUGCAGUCUGACCUCAAGGCCUCAGAGAGCCGGUGUAUGAAGUUCCAGCAGGAGGUUAACCAACUGAGGAACCAGCUCAGCCAGCUCAUCAGUGAAAACCAGGAGGUCGAGAUGGUCCUCAGGAAGAAGAAGUACAAGGUGGAAACAGAAGUUGAAAAUUGGAUACAAAAAUAUGAUGGUGAAAUUGGAGAGAAACAGAUGGAGUACGAGGAGCUCAACAAGCAAUACCAGGAGGAGAAGGCAGAGCUAGAGGAGCUCGAGAAGCAGUUUGCCGUGCUGGAGGAGGAAUACAGCCAGAUCACGGAGCGGCAGCGUCUUGCCAAUGAAAAGAGAGAGGCUCAGGAGCGGGAGCUGGCCAUCAUGACCCGCGCUGCAAUCCUGAUCCAGGCCUUCUGGAAAGGUUACAAAGUGCGCAAGCUAAUGAAAGGCAAAAAGGGCAAAAAAGGGAAAAAAGGCAAAAAGGGUAAGAAGUAACCCAAGUGGGUCCUGAAAGCUGAAAUGGAAGCAGCAUCUGAACUGUGUGUACCCCAGGUGAGAUAAACCAGAGUUAUCUAGAAGACAUGGUGGUCAGGCUGGAAACCAGAAAGACCUUCAAUAUAUUAAAGGAGUUAAGCAAUAAACUAUUCAUGUCAAACUUUAAAAA